UUCUCAAGUUUAACGCAACUUGUUUCUUGGUUCCGUAAAAGACAGAGAGUUAAUAGGAGCAGAUAAUAGGUUUAUGGUUGAAGAAGUGAGUACUGUGGAGUUUGUUUGUUAAUCAAUAGGUGAAGUCGUAGAGAGAGAGAGAGAGAGAGAGAGAGAGAGUUGUGUUACUGUUUAAUAAUUAAUUAAUAUUUUGUUAUUAAAAAAAAGGGCAAUGGCGGCGGCGGCGGCGGCGUCAGGAGUAGCGGUAUUGGCAACGGUCGUGUGUUGUGAUCACAACAAACACAGACCCACAACUUCCCCAACUCCAAGUCUAAGGUUGUCGGAUUAUUCCAAGCCUUUCCACAAAUCCCGCAACUAUUAUUAUUGUUAUAAUCCUAACAUUCAAUUUCCAACAACUACAAGUAAUUCUACUACAACUAGUAGUAGUCGAAGUGGAUCAUAUUCAUCAACCAGAAGCAGAAGCAGAAGCAGAAGCAAGUUCAAAUGCAAGGCUGUCGGAGAUAGCUCUGUUUAUCAAGGAAUGUACGGUCCUUGGACCGUCGAUCCCUCCGAUGUUCGAGAGGUGAUAUUAUACAGAUCAGGACUAGUUACAGCGGCUGCCUCAUUUGUGGCUGCAGCAUCAGCCGCUUUCUUGCCAGAUAACUUGAGAGGGUUAAUAGAGCAGAAUCUCGACUUGUUAUACGUGAUUGGAGGGGGUGGAUUGGGUUUGUCAUUGGUCUUGAUCCACAUAUAUGUCACUGAAAUCAAGCGGACGCUUCAAGCGUUGUGGGCGCUUGGGGUGGUCGGGUCCGCCGUGACCUACACGAGCUUGGCUGCACCGUCUGGGCAGGGGCUGGUCCAAUACGUUGUGGAUAACCCGACCGCCAUCUGGUUUGUCGGUCCUCUGUUUGCAGCGCUCACCGGUCUUGUCUUCAAGGAAGGUCUUUGUUAUGGAAAACUUGAAGCUGGAAUUCUCACUUUCAUAAUACCCGCUGUUCUUCUUGGCCACCUGAGUGGUUUGAUGGAUGAUGGGGUAAAACUUGCUCUGCUUGGUUCGUGGAUGGCACUUUUCGUGAUAUUCGCCGGAAGGAAGUUUUCUCAGCCCAUUAAGGAUGACAUUGGUGACAAGUCCGUCUUCAUGUUCAAUUCUCUCCCGGAAGAUGAAAAAAAGGCGUUGAUUGGGAAGCUUGAGCAGCAAAAGUUAGGCCAGAAUCUUGAUUAGAAAGGAACGUGACAAAAAUUACUUAACAAGGAUGUGUGCGGACAUUUCAUAACAUUCUUCUGGGUUCGCAAGGUUCUUCUGCCUUCACAAUUCCUGUGUCUCAAA